AUGCCAAAGUCAUUUCUUGUUCGCAAAUACUCCAAGAGAUUAUCAGUGCAUCUUUUUAAUGAUGACGUCUCUCACUGCGACAACGUUAUGUUUCAGAGCAAAAAGCAGAAGACUUUGUCCACUGGUUGCGCGUGUAGCGACGAUGAGGCGGUUUGUCACCGCAAGUGCUCAAAUGAAAUAAACGUGGAGUCCGCAGAUAAACAAAAGAGUAGAAGUUCUCAAAAUCAAAAAUUAGAUCUAAAGGCGUUGUUUCUUAACAGCAUUCCAGUAUCAAAACCAUUCGGCUUAUACUACAUAGAGAAAAACCAAUGGGAACAGAAAAAUAAAGUCAAACCUAAUGAAAAUAAAAGUAAUGGGAAAAUCUCUCCUACGUUGCCAAAAUUUAAAGGUCCUUUACCACAAUCGAGUUUUAACUGUCAACUCUGCAAAGGAGCGUACCAAGAUGCUUUAUCAUUGGCUCAGCAUAAAUGUUCGGCCAUCAAGCAUGUCGAGUACCGUUGUCCAGAAUGCGACAAAGUGUUCAGUUGUCCCGCAAACUUAGCAUCGCAUCGUAGAUGGCACCGUCCGCGUUCGCCUACAACGAAUAGACCUCGUAAAAACGAUAAAAAUAAGAAGUCUUUGAAGUCGGAAACGAAAAACCGAAACUUAAAUAGACAGCUUACAAUGGCGGGCUAUAAUGAAUCGCUUAGGUGGAAUAAUGUGACCAAGUUAAAUUUACAACGUAAAAAGUAUUUGUAUCAGCAAAAAGAUUAUUACGAAUCCCGCCUCUUUCGCAGCACGAGUUCUCCCAGUGAUCCGUUUUCUCGAACUGCAAGAAUCGGUAGCGAAAAUUCGGAAGAAUCGGAUGAAGAUGAACGUUAUAUUGAUGUCGGGCGAAAGGAGAGCGAGAAAUGCUUUCAAUGCGAUGACUGCGGAGAGCGGUUUGAUAAUCAUUCGCGACUUAAGAAACAUCAGGAUCUUCAUGCUUCGCUUAACCAACUUUAUCCUUGUCAAUAUUGUGGAAAGUGCUUUAAAUAUCUUGCUGAUCGAGCAAACCAUGUGCUGAGUCAUGUUCAAGAUGGAGUUUUACCGAAUGGUAGUUUUGGAAGAUAUCCUUGUCUCCGCUGCUCGUCAAGUUUCUUCGAUGCUAACAGUUUGCGGAGACACAUGCUGGAAAGCCAUAACUAGACGUUUUGUUCCUAAAAACAUGUUUUGUGUUACGUAGGAACUUUAUAUUUAAUUGUUUGUAAAUAAAUAUAUAUUUUUUUAAAAAUAAAAAUCAAACAUGUGUAUAA